AUGUCCAGGAGAGAGCUGUUCCACCUACGGAAACAGCUAUGUGCGUUCCAACGUCAACUUCUGACCAGACCAUACACAUCUGAAGCACAACCUCCAACAUCGAUAUCUCUAGCACCCGACCCAGUCCGCUUCCUUCAAGCUGCCGAUCAGGCCGCAUUACGGCUGGCCAGACAACGUCUAGAGAGCGUAGUGGACCAUGCGAAGCAUACUACAGAACAAGUCUCCGCCUUCCCGACCGCGCUACAAAUCCCCAUCACUACUCGCAAGCCAGGCGUCAACCAUGCCUCAGAGGACCCAUACGAGACGACCCUCACGCCCUAUCAAAUGGGCUCUCUCCGCGCCCGCCAACAAGAACAACCAGCCGCCCUUGACAACCUCUUAAAGCAAGCCGACCACAUCGACAAACACCUCCAAGACCUACAACUCCUACCAUAUACCACCUCGUCCGCCGAACCAACCAACCCAGCCUUUACGAAGUGGCAACAGGGAAUCAUCAAGAUGAGCACAGAGGAGAGGAAUCUGGCAUUGAAAGAGUUGAGCUAUGAAGAACAAGCCAAGCGGUCGAGGCUGAUGGGCGAUAGUAAGAGGCUAGUUGAGAUUGUCAAGGAGGUCGAGGCAGCGAGUCGCAAGUAUGGUGGACCCGUAGGUGUAGAUGCGCCCACUAAAGCAGAGAAUCCUUUCGCCGCCGGUACAGCUCACGCUGGAAGUGGGAAUCGACAGAGCACAUCAGCCAAGGCAGGCACAGCAGACCCGGCAGAGCGAAAGGGUAGUAGUACAGGUGAGCUGAAGCAGAAUUUGGCCAAGAAGUUCCCAGGCAGUACGACUGGGAGCGAGCAGAAGGUUGAGACGACGACGGCUACUCCACCGCCAAGGAGAAGUACGGCGCAGACAUUGCUAGAUUUACAAAGAAGUCUCGCUGAAAGUUUGAAAGGGGGGAAGUGA